AUGAACAAUACCCUGAAAAGUCCUACAUACUCAGACGGCUUCUAUGCUGGCAACAUGAACUGCAUCUACAAUCUUUCGAUUCCAGAUGGUAAGGAGAUGAGAGUGAAGUUUCAAAGUUUUGACCUGGCGUCAGAUUCAGAAUGCAGGUAAGAAUAAAUACGUUUAGCUUUUCUUAUCUGGAGUUUAAUAUUGAGUUUGCCGGUCGAAAACUUAAAAGCAUAGAAAAACGUUUACAAAUAGGUUCUUGUAAAAUAAUUUAGUCGCACCGACUCUCACUUUGAUCUUUUCGUUUAAGUCAGCUACUGACCCUUGAUGCCUGAUUGGUGGAUAUUUUAACAAUUACGAGAAUCGGUAUGAUAAACUGUUAUUUUGGCAUCUAGCGAGGAGAAUGUGUGAGGGUAUAUUUGUUACUGUACAGCAACUUGUAUUGAAAGAGAUUUUCUCGUAGGAUCGAUUAUUUGAAAAUAACGAAUGGUAUCAAAGAAGCUCGAUACUGCGGUGACCAGCACAGUGUAAGAGACCUUCUUGUAUCAGGAAACUACGUUGUAUUAACAUUCCACUCGGACUGGCUGCUCGAGAACAAGAAAGGAUUUGAAAUACUCUUCGUUGAAGAAAAAGGUAACAGCUUUAUAUUUAGGGCCAUUUAUACGAGGAAAAAGAAGACGCGCUUAAAGUAAGACGCGAACUUUACCGUUUAAACGGCACAUUUUGUCUGAAAUAAGAUAAGACGCGUCUUAUCUAAGGAUAGCCCUUAACACCUGUUCUUAGAUAAGACGCUCUUGGCAGAGUCGCGUCUCAUCUCAGACGAAAUUAAAUGUGCCGUUUAUAUGGAGAAGUUCGCGUCUUAUUGAGGACGAUGAGGACGAGUCUUAUGUAAGGCGGACGCUUCUUAUUUUCCCUCUUAUAAAUGGCCCUAAUUGCUCCACCUCCACCUCCACUUCCUCCACCGCCUCAUUCCGGCCGGGGAAUGGAUAACGAGACACACCCGCCCAGAACUUUUUUUUAACCCUGUACAAAUUCCACCAGAUCCGAGGAUCUUUUUUUUUUUUUUAAGAAUAAUAGCACAGUGGAACAAUCUCCCUUCAUCAAUUUUCUACUGGAUACCUCUUUGCGGGCGACAAGAGGAACCCGCAGACUAUUCUUGGUUGGCAGCCCUUUAUAAACUGUAUAACAAGUGUUCUGAAAUAUUCAUGAAAUGAAAUGUAAUAUAUUCAGUUUACGUAAGUUGUAUAAGAACACGAGGUGUUAAGAAUAUUUAAAUAAAUCAUUCAGUCCUCAACUGUCGAAGUACGAACAUGGUACUCCGAGCCCUUUCACAGGAAAGUUAGUAUAAUAAUGUCGGACGCUGUGAAUAACGGUAAAUAAUGUCGGACGGUGGAGAAACAGAAACGGUUGAAAAAUUUCUACUAUUGGAGAAGAAAAAAACAUCGGUAAAGCGCAGAGUGACUCAAGCAAUUAAGGAAAUCGAUGAAGCAGUUCAAUGCAACAAGAGACAGUCGCUAGAACUCUGGGUGUCGAAUUUAGAAAGCCUUGAUGAAGAUCAGAGCUUAAGUCUUUACAAGGCCAUAUAAAAGAGUACAUAAGUGACGAGGAUUACGAAACUUUGAUAUAUUGGCGGGGAAUUAAACUAAUGAAUUUGGGUUUUCCCCAGUGUAAAACGAAUUCAGGCGAAAAAGACAAGGUUUCGACGGUAAAAAGCCAAACUGAAACGCACUUUGGAGAAACAUAUCGCGCGACAUAACAGGACAGAAAAAAUCGUUUGCGAAGUGAGACGGAAUGAAAAUUCUGAAAAUUGCCCUUUUAUGUGGAUUUUCCCUCGUAUUUUGAAGCUACUAGUCCAAAUUGCUUCAAUGUUUUCUGUAAAAUACUUUAGCAGUCAACAAACUAUUGUUGAAGAGGAAAUACAGGAAGUGGAACUGAGAUUUUGUCGUGCGCAAUUUACAGGCACGGUCAUGCACCUGGCACGGUCCGUCACACAAUAGGAGAAAAGACAGGGUAUUUUUAUGGAAGGGUAUCCAGAAAAAUAUCAUUCCUUACUAUUUCUCCGCAUUCUCAAUUAAUCCACAACCACGACGCAUUAGUCUACGCUCCCAUAGGAGCGUCUUUUUAAUCCAUGUUUCAUCACUGCUUGUUUUAUUAAUCCAUGUUUUAUCACUCCACGUUUUAUUAAUCCAUGUUUUAUCAAUCCAGUCCAUGUUUUACCAAUCCAGUCCAGUCCAUGUUUUAUCACAUGCCAUACAAUCGGCGCGUAAGGCAGAUGUAGAGCGUUUUGUCAACAACAAGAGACCACCGAUUGGAAACAAUCUCUUCAUUACGGCGCUUCGGGAUUCGAAACAAAUUCUGCAAAUAUAAAGUUACCAAAAAUUCCCCUACCGAAAUUUACGGGUCAAUCGUCGAUUGAGUGGGUCAGUUUUUGGGACCAAUUUACAGCAGCAGCAAAUGAAAAUCAAUCGCUUCAUGAUGUUCAGAAGCUCGCGUAUUUAAAAUCAUUUCUUUUGGGUCCAGCUGCCGAAUCAAUACAAGGAUAUACGUUAACUGAAGAUUACUAUUCGUUGGUUGUGGAAUUUCUAAAGAAAAGAUUCGGCAAGAAGCGUCUUAUAAUUCAAGCCCAUAUGGACGCGAUAAUCGAUCUGUCGAAAUUUGACACUAUGGAAAAUAACGAAGUGCGGAGUUUCCUAGACACCUUGAAGUCCAAUUUGCGAUCAGUAGUCCCUCUCGGAGUUCAAACUGAACUUCUCGCACCUCUUCUAAUGCCAUUGCUUAUGAGGAAAAUGCCGAAAAAGGUAAUUGAAAAAAUUCAAGUUCAAGAUCAAAGAUGUAGAGGAAUUUUCUCUUAAAACGUAUCAGGAGUUAUAAUAAUAAUAAUGAUAAAACUUUAAUAGUAACAACUUCAACGGGCUUUUCAGAAACUAUUUACAAAUGAAUGUGAAUAAGCUUAAUAAAAGAGUGAUACAGUAAAACAUCCUCCAUGUGUUAAGUGUUAAAGAAAUAACCUACUCAAUACGUUAUGAUAAAAUGACAAAAGUUUCACACAUGUCCAAUAUACACAAACAGAUACGAUUCGUCAAACCGAUGGUCCAUUGGUACCAAUUCGUACGAUUGGUACCAAUAGAAAAGGUUGUCAGUCCAAAUAGUUCCAUUGGUGAACAAAAACAGGUCGAAAUACAAACUUGUCAUGAGAAUUCUUCGUUCUAUCAGCCAUCUAUAUAAAACAAGUUCGCUUUUAUUCCAAGUAGAAACGCGCUAAUAGUUGAUAUGGAUAUUCCCCGUUCUAUUAAAAUUAAUAGGGCACAACAAGUCAAUGCCAUACGACGAGCUGCUCACUACGGCUAGCAUGACAUCCUUAUAUUGUAGGCGCUUACACCAGGCGUUAAUACUUCUUUUUAAAUGCUUAAAUGGUACGGGACCUACUUAUAUUGGAAGCCUUUUUAGAUACAGGCAUACACCGUAUAGGCUAAGAGGCGAGGGCUUGAAUUUGGAAUUACCUAAUUUUAAUCUUAAAUUUAGUAAGAAUUCUUUCACUUAUUCAUUAACUAAGUUAUGGAGCAGUUUGCCUUCUCAAGUGCGUCUUUCAAGUGAUGCUAAUUACUUCAGAAGUAAAUUGCACGGUUGUAGGUUUUUAGAACGUGUCUUAUAGUGCACGAUUGUAGCUUUUAACUGUUUCUAGAACGAGUAUUAUAGUUUUCCUAGUCACGUUUUUAGUAUGUGGCUUUUUGGUCGGUUUUAGCUUUUUAUAUUUUAUGUUUUUAUUACCAAGUUUUUUAUAUGUAUAUAUUUAUUGAGUUGUUUUUUUUAAAUUGAAUAAUAUUAUAUAGCUGUAAUUAUUAUAGAUUUUAUUUAUUCACGUUCGUAUUUUGAACGACUUUUUUAGCUCUUUGACGUAACGUGUUAAAAUAAAUGAUUGAUUGAUUGAUUGAUUCUAUAAGCCAACCACGCAAAACAAUUUCACUCUCACACAAAGUAGAAACGCGCCAAAAGUUACAAAGCGAGGUCGAACUAGCGCUAAUAGUAAUUGCCAACAGUUUUAAUAUAGCGAGGUCGAAAUACACACAUGCCAUGUGUAUUCUUCGUUCUAUAAGCCAUUUAUGCAAAAAAAAUUCGCUUUUACACCAAGUAAAAAUGCGCUAUACACAAACAGAUACGAUGCGUCAAACCGAUGGUCCAUUGGUACCAAUGGUAGGAUUGGUACCAAUACAAAAGGAUGUCAUUCCAAUGGUUCUGUUAGUUAAUAUGCAUCUCAUUAAGGGAACUUAGAUUAUUUUCGCCUGUGACCUAGCUGGGUACAGGGCAAUUCCGAUGGUCCGUUGGUAUCAAUGGUACGAUUUGUACCUAUAGAAAAUGAUUUUGCAUAGAUGGUUUAUAUAACAAAGAAUACACAUGUUUGUAUUUCGACCUCACUAUAUUACUAGUUAUAGCUAUCGCUAAGUGCCAAUCAAGCAAAGAUUUUACCUACUAUAUAAAUGCGCGCUGUUGAAUUUGUGUAGAAAUGUUGUGAAAUACAGUAAUUAAUGAAAAAAUAGAUUGAACUUAAUUCGAUUGCAUUGAAAAUAGUGCAAACUUAAAGCAAGGGGCACACAUACACCAACCCACGGCAUGCGCACAGCCAUGUCACGCGGCCAGUGGCAGCGUGGCAAAGCCGUUGCCGUUGAAGCCUGAACGGGGAAAACUCGCGUUCCAAAAGCCCCUUACUGCCGAGGUGACUGCAACCCACGGCCAGGCCAUCACCUUAUGCAUGUGCGCGGCCAUAUCACGAAGGCAGUGGAAGGAUGGACAGCUGUUUCGCCCUUACUUGGGCUCAUCAGCAAGGCAGAGCCGCUGGUCAGUGCCCGGGAAAAACCCGUGUGUGCUUUUUUCGUAUUUUGGCGGUCCAAGGGGCGUGGUGUGAUGCCCCAAGGCCAUGAAAACAAAGGGAACAAAAUGAUCUGACAAAAAGAAAAACAAAACAACAACAAAAAAAAACUAGGGUAACCUACAGGGUAAAAAGAACGCCAAAAUGGAAGGGGGCACCUCCAUACGGAGUCAGCCCGCCAACUUCGCCAGGGAAUCGAACCCCGCCUCCCGACUAGUUGAAAUACUACUUAACGACCAUAUACAGUAUAAAAGACAAAAAGACAAAAAGGAAAGAACACACACACUCGAGCCACACUCACUCAGGCCUAUCUGAAGAAACGAAACCAUGGUAAAACCAACAAGGGCAACCGAGGGGAGCAGUGAGAAGGGAGACACGCUCACUCAAGCAAAGUCAACUCAGAGCCCAAGAAAACCGUAGUACAGCCAACGAAGGCACCCAGGGGGAGCAAAGAGAGGGAAGACACACACACUCAAGCAAAAAAAAAAAACAGAGCCAAGAGGACCACAGUACAGCCAACAAAGGCGACCGAGGGAGACACACUCGAACAACACUAAGAAAGACAGAAAUGAAAAGACUCACCAACGACCUUACAGAUACGGCCAUUGCCUCCCCGUUGUCGUGGCAAAAAUCCGCGCCCCCUCCGAGACCGAAAACGUUUAAUAAUUAAGCAGAGGUAAAUAGAAGGACAGGCGACCCUUGAUGCUAUCGAUAAGACCCUGUACGGCACUUGGAGGUUUGGACCGAAAACGAUAGUCAUUACUUUGACACCAGACAAAAAACUUAAGUAAGGACAGAAGAUAACAGAACACACGAGGGACACACAACAGCUCAUCACUAAUGAAACCGAAAAGAACAUGACGCACGGUAAUAGCUGGUGCCAGAGGAGAGGACAGAAAGAAUAGUGACUGAAUCCAAUCCAGACCACUUUGGGCCAGGGCACGGUGGAAGAACAAAUUCUCAAGCGUCUCAUCAGACUGACCACGGAGACAAUCCGGAGGGACAUUCAAUCCGAAAGAAACAAGACGGUGAGCAGUGAAAAAAACACCGUGGGCAACUUUCCAACAGAGAUCAAUGGGUUUCCUGUCGAGAGGCAUGUAAAACAAAGUCUUCCAGGUAGAAUCCCAGUCUAAGACACCAUAAUUUGAGUUAAACUUCACCACACAGUAAGGUUGCGCAGGAUUCAAAGACAAGAAAAGCUGAUAGCAGGAUUUGCAGGUCAAGGAGUCGGCCCUGANCAGUACAGCCAACAAAGGCGACCGAGGGAGACACACUCGAACAACACUAAGAAAGACAGAAAUGAAAAGACUCACCAACGACCUUACAGAUACGGCCAUUGCCUCCCCGUUGUCGUGGCAAAAAUCCGCGCCCCCUCCGAGACCGAAAACGUUUAAUAAUUAAGCAGAGGUAAAUAGAAGGACAGGCGACCCUUGAUGCUAUCGAUAAGACCCUGUACGGCACUUGGAGGUUUGGACCGAAAACGAUAGUCAUUACUUUGACACCAGACAAAAAACUUAAGUAAGGACAGAAGAUAACAGAACACACGAGGGACACACAACAGCUCAUCACUAAUGAAACCGAAAAGAACAUGACGCACGGUAAUAGCUGGUGCCAGAGGAGAGGACAGAAAGAAUAGUGACUGAAUCCAAUCCAGACCACUUUGGGCCAGGGCACGGUGGAAGAACAAAUUCUCGAGCGUCUCAUCAGACUGACCACGGAGACAAUCCGGAGGGACAGUCAAUCCGAAAGAAACAAGACGGUGAGCAGUGAAAAAAACACCGUGGGCAACUUUCCAACAGAGAUCAAUGGGUUUCCUGUCGAGAGGCAUGUAAAACAAAGUCUUCCAGGUAGAAUCCCAGUCUAAGACACCAUAAUUUGAGUUAAACUUCACCACACAGUAGGGUUGCGCAGGAUUCAAAGACAAGAAAAGCUGAUAGCAGGAUUUGCAGGUCAAGGAGUCGGCCCUGAGUAACGUGGUUUCAGCAGAACCAACAAUCAGGCCAGCCUGAGACAAGGAGCCGUGAAGGGCAGUCCAAGCACGCAAGAGCGCGUGAUAGAAAGCUGGAAGGUCCGAAGCUUCCAAGAGGAAAAGAGAUGGGGUAGCAAGCACAGUUUGGGGGUCAACCCCUAAACAGUCAAAAAGCCAAAAGGUCAUCAUGUGGGCCCACGCAUUCGGGGCAGUAGCAUAACGACGGACCCACUGAGCCAAAAGUGCAUGAACCUUGUAACGGACGGACACAACGCCAAAACCUCCUUGACGAGUAGAAUGGUGAACUACAUCUCUGGUAACCAAGUCACGUUUGUUGCUCCAAAAGAAAGAAAAGACAAGAGUGUUGAGCUCGGAUGCAACCAAAUCAGGCAUAGAAAUAAGGGAGGCUAUGUACCACACUCUAGAGAGAGCCAGAGCAUUGACAAUUAG